UGGAGAGCAGCUAGUAUAAAAAGCUUGAGCCCGGUGCUCCGGGAAGCAGCAGCUGCCACUCACUCCGGCAGUCCGACUCCAAACACAGGAUAUAAACGCGAGCAGGACAGCAGCCCUCCCUGGAGCAUAAACCUGCGCGGUUUAGCUUCACAAGAUGGACUUGAGGGUAACGAGCCUUCUUUUUGUCCUCCUGGCUCUGGCCGAGGCAACUCCUGAGAGGUACCAUGCUCCACGAGUGACCAAGGUUCCCUACCCGGUGAAGAGCCAUGCUGUUGCAGGAGCACCAGGUGAGCCAGGUCUUCCAGGUGAGCCAGGACCCAUGGGGCCACCAGGACCUCCGGGAGAAAGAGGUGUUGGACACACAGGACCACGAGGCCCACCAGGGCCUCCUGGGGCCCCAGGCCACUCUCAAGCGGGUAAACCUGGUACCCCAGGAGCACCAGGAAAACCAGGUAACCCUGGCAUUCCUGGUGACAAAGGUGCAACUGGUGCAACCGGACAAAUGGGACCAAGAGGUGCACCUGGUACACCUGGAACCCCUGGACCUGCUGGGCUUUCAGCUACUGGAAAACCUGGACCAGCUGGGAUCGCUGGUGCAAUGGGUCCAAGGGGUGAGCCUGGUUUGAAGGGGCACCCUGGCAUCCCUGGUCUUCCAGGGCCCGCAGGAGAAAGAGGCAUUGGUGUACCUGGAGUCCAGGGACCACCAGGUCCAACUGGACCAAUGGGCCCAACGGGUAUGCCAGGCAAAUCUGGAAUUGGCACUCCUGGUGCCACUGGUUAUCCAGGAGAACCUGGAAAACCGGGCAUGCCAGGAAGAGAUGGAGCACCUGGGCCAAAGGGAUUGCCAGGCCCUAAGGGUCACACUGGACCACCAGGUGUAGGAUCUUCAGGGAAGCCAGGUCAGAACGGUACGCCAGGUAUGCCUGGACCUAUGGGGCCUAAGGGUCCACAGGGUCCAGCUGGUCAGCCAGGUUCCCCUGGUAUGCCAGGUGUUGGUAAAACAGGUGAGGCUGGAAUUCCAGGAAGCAGAGGUGCUCCCGGCACUCCGGGAACCACUGGUCAAAAAGGAGAACCAGGCCCAACUGGAUUUACUGGUCACCCAGGUGCUCCGGGUCCAAUUGGCCCAGCUGGUCCACAGGGUGCAAGAGGAUUUCAGGGUGAGUCAGGUCCAGUGGGACCCAAAGGUGACAUUGGUAUGGUAGGUGCACCAGGUCCAAGAGGAGCCAAAGGUGAGCAGGGAGCUCAGGGUUUCACUGGAAAACCAGGUAUCCCUGGGGCAGUAGGUCCUUCAGGAAUUCCAGGUCAUAAUGGUGCUCAGGGUCCAAAGGGUUCUCAGGGUCAUGCUGGUCCUCCAGGUCUCCCUGGUUCAAAUGGUGCACCUGGACUAAAAGGACAUACAGGCCCCGCAGGAGCACCAGGAAAAAGUGGUGAACCUGGUAGGCCAGGACCAGUGGGACCAGUUGGACCACCUGGUCCAACAGGUCCAGCUGGACUUAAGGGUCAUCCAGGGCACCCAGGUCCACCUGGUCCAGCUGGUCUGACGGCCAAGGGAGUUUCUGGGCCUCAGGGUCCUCCUGGACUUCCAGGUGAGAGAGGCCAGGAUGGUCUCCCUGGUGCGGCUGGUCCUCCUGGUCCACCUGGUCCACCAGGAGAAGUAGUCUACCACCAUGACAAGAGCAUGCCAAUCAAAUCCCAUGAAGUUAUGAUGCCUCAUGAAAUGAUGAAGGCUCCCAUGUCUGCCUUUAGUGCUGUGCUGACCGUGGCCUACCCCCCUGCUGGAAGCCCCAUUCAGUUCAACCAGGUUGUUUACAACGGAGAGCAACACUAUGAUCCCCACAGUGGUGUCUUCACCUGUCAGGUCCCAGGCCUUUACUUCUUCAGCUUUCACAUGCAUGUCAAUGGUGCCAAUGCACUGGUGGCACUCUACAAGAACGAGGAGCCGGUUGUUUUCACCUAUGAUGAGUACAACAAGGGUUUCCUGGACCAGAUGUCUGGCAGUGCUGUUCUCAUGCUGCAUCCUGGUGACAGAGUGUAUGUGCAGGUUCCUGAUGAGGAGAGCAAUGGUAUAUUUGCUGCAGACAACGUUCAUUGUAUUUUCUCUGGGUUCUUAAUUGCAUCAACGUGAUUUUUAAAAAAUCCCCUUAAAGAAAAAGAUCGGUUUAAGAGUUUCAGGUUAAGAUAGUGAAUUGGUUCAGAGUCUGACAAGUUAAACUGCCUCAUUAAAGUUUAAACGAUCUCUAUUUGCUAAACGAUAAGAAAGGAUUCACUUACAGGAGAUCCGUUCAAUUUAAGGUUUCCAUGUUCCAGCCGACUUCGGUCCCCUAUUCACCAUGCGUCAAAGAAAUUUUCCAAAAAGUUAGAAUGAUUUUGGAAGAUAUUUUAAGUGGUGCUUUACAAUUGCCUGGUAUCUUUACAGUGCAUUUUUGUUUGUCUUUGUUAAUGUUUGUUGUUUAAAACGUUCUCUGUCAUUUACAUAGUAAACUAUGAAAAACCUUUGUAAUAUAUGUCAUUAAAGAUCAGCACAUUCUCACAAGCACUUUGACCUCCAAAAGAACACAGGAAGAGAAAUUCAGACUGCUUUUAAAAACUAUGUCCCGUUGGAUGUGUUAAGUUAUAAACCACUUACUGAUCAAAACAUGGAAUAAAAGUUUGACUUUGAAAAAA